AUGAUUUCAGCAAUGCCGGAUUAUAGCUUGAGCGAGGAGCAGAAACAACACUUUCUCGAACAUGGCUUCAUCAAACUCGAAGAUUGCUUUUCGACAGAGGAUGAUAUGUGUAAAGGACUCAUGGAUCGUGUGUGGGAGCGACUAGACAUGAAUCCUGAGGAUCAAGAAACAUGGAGCCCGUGGCGAGGUAAGUACCACGUUUUCCAUCUUGUUUACCCAUCACUCUUGCCUUAUCUGGGAAAGUGCGUUGCUGAUGGAAGAAAAACACCAGUCCACCUUCCUCGCUACCACGACGCGAUACCCAUGCGAGAAUUCUGUCCCAAAGCCUGGUCGGCAAUCUGCGAACUCUGUGGUGGAGAAGAUCGUAUCGACACUGGUUCCACAUCAACCCCCGGCCUCGACUCUUCGGUUCAAGACAUUUCCCUGUCGGUAAUCAACGACGGCUUCAUUGUAAACGUGGGCAGCAAAGCCGACGAAGCAAAAUGGAAACAAGCCGCACAGCAAGGCCUUGCUUCUGGCGCCGAUGGAUUAACACCCUCCCAACAAAAGCUACUAGAUCCACAUGACAGAGACAAUUGGCACGUAGACGGCGACUUCUUCCACCACUUUUUGGAUAGCAAGGAACAAGCGCUGUUGCCGAUUGUGCUGUUCAAGGAUAUUAAGAUUGGGGGUGGAGGUACGAUGAUCUGUCCUGAUGCUAUACCUACAAUGGCUGAGCAUUUGGCUGCGCAUCCUGAAGGGUUGAUGCCUGAUAUGACGCCCAUCGAGGGCAGAGAAAAGCCUUACAAGGACUUUAAUCAUGGAUUCUUUGAUGAAGCUGUUAGGCCAGUGCCAAAAGGAAAAUUUAGGACUGCGAUAGGAAAGGCAGGGGAUAUCUAUCUCUUGCAUCCGUUGAUGGUGCAUUCGGCUGCUCCCAACUAUUUGAGAGGUAUGUGUUUACCAUCAAGGUGUUUUGCAUCCAUCUUCACUCUAACAACCAGACUCAUUGGUUUUCUCCUUGCGUUGAUAACUCUGCUGACUGGCGUCUUGUUGCANGAACCUCGCUUCAUCACCAACCCACCAGUAGCCCUCAAACAACCCUUCAACUUUGACAGGACAGAUGGCAGCGCAUACAGCCUAGUAGAGCAAAAGACACUAAACGCUCUCGGCCAUCCCGAAGGACUCAAGGGAUGGAAGAUCACCACGGAGAGAAAGCUCAUCGUGCCAGAAAGAGUAAGGGAGCAGGCCGAGAUGAAGAAGAUCUGA